AUGUCCUUCAUAUUCUGUGAGACGACACUUAUGACAAACUUCGAAUUGUCACUUUCAGCCACGACCAUAUCCACAUACUCUGCAGGAUUUCUUCAUUGGUUUUUGGAAUGGACACCUCGCCCGACAUUCGAGGCUACCGGAGGGUGUGCAGCGUGGUUGACUUUUCAGGCUCUGCUGUAUCAUGAGCAACAUGAAUACCUGACGGGCACCAUGUUUACAGUUGUUUUAUUCCGCGCGGUCAUGGUCGUAGUCUUCUUCGUCAAUGAAGAGGUGUAUGACGGCAAAUACGAAUCGUUUGGCUGCGACAAUAUUUACGGACUCUCUGCAAUCAUGCCGGUUUUCUGGACCUUGCAAACCCGGUAUCUUGCCAAACACCCAACAGAGAUCUCCCUCCCUGCUUGGAUCGCCAGCAUAGUGAUCUUUGUAGCGGGCUGGUCUUUGCGCUUCUUCGCCGACCUUCAGAAGAUGGGUUUCAGUAGAACGCAGGCAAAGUGCUUGUUACCGGGUCGCCAGACACAAGGGAUACCUGUAUCUUAUCAGACGAGGAAUGGGAAAACCCAUCGUUCUCUACUUCUCUGCUCCGGUGCAUCUAUAUCUAGUUGCGAAUUAUCCCAAUUUAAAUUCGUGUUUUAUACAUGGUCGUUAUGCUCGCUCUGCGGCAAUGGGGCCGUCUUUGCAUACACAGAAGCCAUUUUGGUUACAGGGAUGAUCAUCCAUCGGUGUUUACGGGAUGUGAAAAGAUGUGCGAAUAAGUAUGGAAUCUUUCCUAGCGUGUUCUGA